UAAUAAGUUAUGUUGGGAGAAUGUUGGGAGAGAGAGAGGAGAGUGGAAGGCGCCAUUACCAUGAUUUCGCUUACUCGAAAUCUCUGCCUGCUCCCCCGUCUCACUCUUCGCAGCUCGAUUUUCAUCUCCUCAUCCCUCUUCUUCUCCACUUCCACAGCCAGAAAACCUUCUCCCAAGCUUUCAUUCAUCGCAGGAUACCUCAUAUCCUCAAUCGGUUUUUCGCCGGAGAAGGCCAUCGAAGCAUCCAAGCAAAUCCGCCACAUCAAUUCCCCUUCGAAACCUGACGCCGUGCUCAAAUUCUUCAAAAGCAUCGGUCUUGACGAAGCUGGCAUCAGAAAUGCGGUUUCUCGAAAGCCCAUUUUACUCUGCACUCAGGUGGAGAAAACUUUGAAGCCGAAGGUGCGAGUUUUACAGCAGGUAGGCUUUUCACAACCCGAAAUCGCCAAGCUGAUUUCGGAAAACCCUUUUUUCCUCCACCGUAAGAACGUUCAGCUGAAGAUCGAGUUCUUGGCGGAUCUCUUUAGUUCGAAAGCGGAUCUCUAUCGAGCCAUCAUUAAGAACACACACCUUCUAUGCUCCAAUCUGGAUAAUAGAAUCAUGCCAAAUGUCUCCUACUUGAGAGCGUGUGGACUUUCCAGCGAUCAAAUUGGCUAUCUCAUGAAAUGCAACCAUAGAUUUAUCACCAGAAGACUCGAUUCCAUCAAGAGCGUUGUACAGCGAGCGAUAGAAUUAGGGUUUUCUCCGGAAUCAAAAAUGUUCCGCUUCGCGCUGCAUUCCACCUGCCGCAUGAGCAGAGCUUCCGUAGAUGCGAAGAUCAAGGUGAUGAGGACCUUCGGGUUGUCUGAAGCCGAAAUUUCAUCGGCGAUUCUGAAGGCUCCACAGCUGCUGUUUUUGUCUGUGGAAAAUAUCAAAAGCAAGGCGGAUUUCUUCAUGAAAAGACCAGAUUGCGAGCUCUCUUAUGUAAUCUCUCACCCGAAGCUUCUCUGCUAUAGCUUUGAGAAGAGGUUGGUUCCGAGAUAUCAUGUUCUUGAGCUACUCAAGUUGAAAGGUCUUCCUAAGAGAAAAUGUGGACUCUUUUACUGCAUGAUGAUCAGUGAUAAGAAGUUUGUGGAGAAGUUUAUUUUACCAUAUGAAAAGGAGUUGCCGGAUCUUAGUAAAAUUUUCCUUUCUGCGUGUGCUGGCAAUGUUUCAAUGGAGGAUUGUUUCUCAUGAAAGACAAGAAAGCGAGGUUUACAUGAAUUUAAAAGAAGAUUGGAUUCAGCAAAGAAACCAAAGAUACUGGUAGAUUGAAGAAGCUUCUCUGCAAGCUUAUAUCAAAUAAAAUCACCACUGCAAGCAGAGUCGUGAAGAUUCAGCUGUCUUCAUUCGGUAUGCCAUGCUUUGAUGACUGAAAUUUUUUUUAAUGUGAAAUGCAAUUUUCUGGUUAUGGAGAUUGCUCAAAGGAUAUACUCUCAUCAAAUGAAGAAAUGGAGUGUUUGCUGUGGUUAUGGAUUAUAUGGACACUUAUUUGUGGGAAGGAAUGGUAGUUCUGUUGUAAAUACUGACUGAUAAUUGUUAAUAUCACAUGAUUGAAAUUACACAUAUCCUCUUUCUGAUUCUACUAAUUUUAAGCAUUUUAUCUUUCAAAUAUUUUGUGUGUUAUUCUAACUUGUUUAACUAUUUCAACAAACAUUACAUCAAGUAUGACUAUAUUGUAUAAAUAUACACCAAAACAACUUA